AUGCAGACCACGUACGACGACGCCAGCAAGUGGAAGAUCGAGCAUGCCGGAAGGGUGAGCCUACCGGUCUAUCAGACUGUCGCGGGCUUCUUCUAUGGCAUCUCUGUGCUCUGUGUAAUCGGCAGAGUGGCAGUAAGGCUAGCCAUCCGGCGCCGUCUGCUUCUCGACGACUGCAUCCUGCUCUUCGCGCUCAUAUGCCUGUCCGCUGCAACAGGCCUCUACUAUCACUUCGCCUGGCUUCUCUACGUCCUCAAUGUGCUCAAGUACGAUAAGACCGUUUUCCCCACGGUCUCCGAUCUCAAGCAGAUCAUGAACGCGCAAGCUAUCAACUACUCGCUAGUUGCGCUGCUCUGGUCCGCUAUCUGCCCCGUCAAGCUCUGCUUCUUGGUGAGCUUCAAGGAUUUGAUCCGGAAUGUUUCGCGCCCCAUGUUGAUUUGGUAUUGGAGCACUGUGGGCGUUAUCUUCGUUUAUUGGGCGAUUAUGAUUGCGCUGCCUUGGAUUGAGUGUCCUUACGAAGGAACAGAGCUUCUCUUGCAUUGCACACCCGAACCGCCAAAGAGCGCUUUGCUCACUGGAACUUGGUUUGCGUUCGUCUUCGAUGCGCUUACAGAUGCUAUGAUCGUCGCGAUCCCUGUAUGGAUCCUCCGCCACGUCCGGAUCCGACUCAGCCAAAAGCUCGCCAUCGCCGCCUUUCUCUGCCUCUCUAUCGUCAUUAUCAUAGUGUCUCUCAUCCGCGUCUGUCUCUCCCGCUACCGUGGCUGGGGCGACCUCGGCACGCAGUACAUGCUGUAUCACGUCGAGGCGUCGAUAGCCGUCACCAUGGCGGCGGUAGCCUCCUAUCGCGCCGUCUUCGUGGAGCGCAGCAAGCGCCAAGAAGAAGAGAAGCAGCAAUUGCAAUUCCACAGCCCCGGCGAGUCGCCCCACACGCUCCGCGGCAAAGUGCGUAAGAUGCGCAAAGAAGCGUACGACACGGAGCUGGAGUUCUCGACCAAUGGACCGAAAUCUUAUUUGGCAUUCCCGAGGCAUAUCGGGACUAAACUGGGCGUUAUGACGUACAUUAAAGGUAGCCCGGAUACGACGCAGAAGUCUGUGCCUACAUCGAUAUCUACGUUCGACUCGGAGCUGGCGACGCUGGAAAGCAGCACGAAAUGUCCGAGCUCCACGACCGGCGCUCCAAACUCCAUUGACAAUGACUCGUGGAAGAUGACGAGCUCUACGUCCGCUUGA